AUGAAGUCAGCAUACGACCAAGAGCAACUUGACCAAUUUUUUGACCAUGUUGGUUUACCGCAGCAUCUACGGGGUCAACCACCUUCCUUGACUCUGUGGGAGCCUCUUCACAUUCAUACCCUAUCUACACUCCCGUAUGAGAACUUGUCCAUCCACUAUAACCCUACCCACCGGAUAAAUCUGGAGCCUCAACAUUUGUUUCAGAAGAUGAUAGUCCAGGGUCGAGGAAGGGGAGGUUUCUGCAUGGAAAUUGCCAUCUUGUAUAACCACAUCCUACGUGCAAUCGGAUUCGAUGCUUAUACUGCGGGAGUCCGAACUCGCGGCAGACUUCAAGGAGUCCCAAGAGGGGAUUACCCUGGCUGGAAUCAUAUCGUCAACAUCGUCACAUUCCCCGACGGCAGCAAAUAUCACACAGACGUUGCUUUUGGUGGCGACGGUGCCACGGCCCCGAUGCCUCUUAUUGAUGGGCUCGUUUAUCGAAACCUGGGAACGCAACAGAUUCGGCUGAUACGAGACUGGAUACCCAUUCAGGUCCACCGAUCUGAUGAGUCAAAGGUGUGGAUUUACCAGUAUCGUAACCAGGAAGAUGCCGAAUGGAACUCCUUUUAUUCAUUUCCAGCGACCGAGUUCAUGGAUCUUGACUGGGGCGUGGUCAACUGGUGGAUCAAUACUCACCCUUCAAGUCACCAACGCGUCAACGUAUUGGUGAUCAAGUUCUUGAGAAGGCCCAAGGAAGGCAAGGACGGUGAGCCUGAUGGGAGCUACGAGAUCUACGGGAAGCGAAUGUUGGUAAAUGGGGUUGUCAAAGAGAAUCUCGGCGGAAGGACGCAUGUGGUUGAGGAGGUCAAGAGCGAGGACGAACGGCUUGGAGUUUUGGAAAGCUACUUUGGAAUAACCUUGUCUAAGGAGGAAAAGGAAGGUAUCCGGGGUUAUGUUUCAGACUUGCAGUAG